GCAGAAAUGAGGAAGUGGUGGCUUAUUUAAGCCGGAGCUGAUCCUGUUUAGUUGUAGUUGUUAGUAGUUGUAGUUGAGACCUGUGCUGACCACCAUGUCCAAAGUUGGAGGUAUUGGACCGGAGAAGCCUGCGACCCCUGAGGUCCAGAAGAUCUGCGAUGAGGUGAAGCAGCAGGUGGAGCAGAAGACUUUGAGGACCUUUGAGGUUUUUGUCGCCAAAUCGUUCGCCACCCAAGUUGUGUCUGGAACAAACUACUUCAUCAAGAUGCAUGUAGGUGGGGAGGAGUACGUUCACCUGAGGGUGUUCCAGUGUCUCCCUCACGCUGGACACAAACUGGAACUGCACAGUGUCCAAACGGGAAAGGCUCUCAAUGAGCCCAUCGUCUACUUCUGAAGCAGAGAGAACAGUUCUAGUACAAAUCAGCUAAAACAUGUUCCUCCUUUAUAUGCAAAUGUAGACAUGCUUUUUACGCCUCCAUUUCACAGAUUACGAGGCCAAAGUUAACAUGAUUCACUGUUCAUGUGUGAAAUGGACCUGAUUAUUAAAAUUAAAAAACAAUUUUAAAAAAAAAAUU